AUGAGAGCAUAUUGGUUCGAUGACGCUGAGGGCGAUCAGCGUGCGCCUCACGACUCGGGCCGUGCUAUUGAAACAGACCACCUCGCUAGCAUAGGCGUUUUAUACCAGAAAUGCGCUUCAGUUGAUGAAGUUGAUGCCAUGGCUUUGAAGCGGGGUUAUAAGAAUCGCGACGAGAUAACUGUCUCUCCCGAGAAGAUGGGCGCAGUCUACGAGGAAAAGGUGAAGUCAUUCUUUGACGAGCAUCUUCAUGAAGAUGAAGAGAUUAGGUAUAUACUGGAUGGUGAAGGAUAUUUCGAUGUCCGCAGCAAGGGUGAUAAGUGGAUUCGCAUCCAGGUCGAGAAGGACGAUCUACUUAUCUUGCCUGCCGGCAUAUACCAUCGCUUCACGACAGGGGAGAGCAACUAUAUCAAAGCGAUGAGGUUGUUCCAAGAUGAACCGAAAUGGACUCCUUUGAACCGUGAACCCGCGCUUGAACACAAUUCGUUCAGACAGAGCUAUGUUGCUGCUUAUGCGGAAUCAUAG